AUGCUACCAUGGCUUCUUGUCUUCUCCACUCUGGGUCUCCAGGUCUGGGGUAAUUCCUCCUUUAACAAAACACAAGAUAAAUACCUUUCGGAGGGACUCCAGUAUGUGUUUGGCAACAUUUCCAAGCUCAUUGAAAAAGGUUCCCUUGCAGAUGUCUCCACGAUGGUCUCUCACAAAGAGUGGGGGGUGGACGCUGUGGGCUGUAGCAGUCGGCUGGCCACGCCAGUGAAUGUCCUUGUUAUACACCACAUCCCUGGACUGGAGUGUCACAACCAGACUGUCUGUAGUCAGAGGCUGCGGGAACUGCAGGCUCAUCAUGUCCACAAUAGCAGCCGGUGUGACGUGGCUUACAACUUCCUGGUUGGGGAUGAUGGUGGUGUGUAUGAAGGUGUUGGCUGGAAUAUCCAAGGUGCACAUACCCAAGGCUACAACAACAUCUCCCUGGGCUUUGCCUUCUUUGGCACCAAGAAAGGCCAUAGUCCCAGCCCUGCUGCCCUGUCAGCCAUGGAAGACCUCAUCUUCUAUGCUGUCCAGAAGGGGUACCUGUCACCCGGAUAUGCCCAACCACUUCUUGUGAAAGGCGAGAGCUGCUUGGCCCCUCAGAAGAUGAGUCCAAAGAAAGCUUGUCUCAACAUUGUCUUGCGGUCUUCUUGGGGGGCCAGAGAGACCUACUGCCCCCAAAUGAACCUUCCAGCUAAGUAUGUUAUCAUCAUUCACACUGCUGGGAAAACCUGCAACACAUCUGAAGAGUGCCACCUGCUGGUUCAAGACAUCCAGUCCUUCCACAUGGACAGAUUCAACUCAUGCGACAUUGGGUAUAACUUUCUUGUGGGCCAGGAUGGUGUUGUCUAUGAAGGGGUGGGCUGGAAUGUCCAAAGCUCUCGCACCCCUGGCUACAAUGACAUUGCCCUAGACAUCGCCUUCAUGGGCACUUUUGCUGGUACCCCGCCCAAUGCCGCUGCACUGGAGGCAGCUCAGGACCUGAUCCGCUGUGCCGUGGAAAAGGGGUAUCUGACUCCCAACUACCUGCUGGUGGGCCACAGUGAUGUGACCAACACCCUCUCCCCUGGGCAGGCCUUGUACAACAUCAUCAGCACCUGGCCUCACUUCAAGCACUGA